GUUCUACUGUUGCAUGUGCUUUAUUCAUUUGUUAUAUCUAAAUCUAUCUGAUCAAUGUGCGUCUUAAUUUGUCGUUUAAAAGGAGCCAGCUAAUAUCUCGCUGCCACAGUGAUACUUUGUAAUUGAAAUGGUUUCAAGAUUCAAGUUGCUGACGAGAUGUAUUGCGUAUCCAGCGACCGGCCAUCUUUCUUCUUGAUGUGUAUGUUCAUCUCAUCAGUGCUUUGUUGCUCUGCCUUUACCGAUCGCUCCAAGACAAGCAGUUCAGUGAGCUAUGCCGAUCCAGAUGAAGUGUGAGCCACAGGACGCCGUCCCUUUGCAGAACCAGGUGCCCUACGUACAGCAGCUGCAGCAGGUGGUCGGCAAUGGCCUGGGGUGCCGGCCGCAGGUCGGGAUAUCUGUCGCUCAGAGUUAUCCCUCGGACGUUCCUCCAGUGUGCAGCAGCAUUCAUUCUUCUAACCCACCUCCAGUUCACAAGGAGAAGCCUCUUGCUGAUACUGACGAUCUGACGUCUGCUGAGAACAUCGAGGAUCGAGUGGAUGUAGACAGCAUCAAGGGCGUGUUUGGGUGGGAGACGCUGGAUGGUGUCAAUGUUCCGUAUAUUCUCAGAAGGAAAAAGAAGUAUGUCGCUGUGAGGAUAGUUGAAAGAAAGUUGCUCAGUAGGUAUCCCAAUUCGUUUCCUGACGAACUCAGCAAGAAGGAGCCUUUGGUGAGCUACUUUGUGACUGAGAACGAAGCGAAACUCUUAAAUGAGAUUAACAGCAUCCACUGCAGUUACGAGUAUGGGCAACAGGAGUUUACGGGCAAAGAUCUUAUUGUGGAUCUUAGUGAAUUUGAAGAUUUUUAUAAUAUUGUAAAAAAGACUUUCCCAGAAAAUGUUCUGGCACAAUUUAGGAAUGGUACUCUACAACAAAUUUCGCCACGUUCUUUACAACAACAACCUUUACAAUCACAACAACCUUUACAUUCACAAUCCUUACAGUCACAAACUUUACAGUCACAACCUUUACAGUCACAACCUUUACCAUCUCCCUCUUUACCACUACCAGAACAUGACAAGGUGGAGUUGGCUAAAGUUUGUGGUUGGGUACAGAUCAACAAUACAGUGUCGCCUUACAUCAAGCGAUUCAAUGGAAAGUAUGUGCCUCUUUCAGUGAUCAAAUAUGCAGCAGGUUUGCUAACGGACAUUCAGAUUGAAGGAAUAUUGCCAACCCUCGCCGAGUGCAACCUGCUCAAUGACACGUGUAAAAUUGCUGGAUUCGAUUUUAACUUCGGUCAGAGUACGAAAGUCAUUCACCUGUCUGAAGUUACACAACGAUGUAAAGUGAACAUUCUGGAGCUUCCAUUCGAUGAUCCUCUGUCCCAUGCCCAGUACAUUGAUAUUAUUCCUUCCAGUCCGCCAGUAUUACUACAGCAGGAGGAGAGAGCGGUCGGCAUCCCAUCACAGCCCAAUCUGACUACCUCUGAUCUCAGACUCGAAAACAUCCAGCCACAGGCCGAAAAUGUUCCACCCAAUGUCAAUCCGAACGUGAAUCCCUUUGGAAGAUAUCCACCUCACUAUCCACCACCAGCUGCCCCGUCAGCACCUCCACCACCACCAUAUCCUUACAUGAACCUGGUAAACAUGAUGCGGCAACAGUUUACUCAUCCAGGAAUGUCUAACUAUUCAGCACUGACCCAUGGGCAGCGUCUUCCAGUGAUGUCACCAGAGGCAAUGCAAGGCAGUGGCCCAGUCCCAAACAUGAGCUCGCCACCAAGACAGCAUAUGUCGUUAAAAGCAAAUCAUCAAGGAAGUCAUUCAUCUCAAGUUAAACCCAACACAAAUCCGUAUGCUAGGGGUUCAUUUGGACCUAAUUCGGCUGGAAAUUCUUAUGGACCACCUCAUCCUCCUACCAGUUCUUAUGGGCCCAAACCUUGUAGAAGUCCAUUUGGACCUACAUCCCCUGGCAGUCAGUUUGUGCCUGGCCAACCACAGCAGUCCCCUGGCAACCAGACAGUAAUGUACAUGAACAGGAUGAUGUCACCACAGUUGAUGCCAAAUGGACAUGCACAAGGUCCGAAUCCUUAUCUCAGUCAACCUGGCCCUCGAGGUCCAGGGAACAAUGUACCAAGACAGCAUUUUCCAUACAAUCAGCGAUUCAAGUCUCCAAAUGUUUCUGUGGUCCCAAACACUUCAGUUAACACCAUGAAGAUGCCACAGAGGGUGUCUGCAUCACAGUUUUCAACAGCCCCACCAGUCGCUGUUUCACAGAUGGGAGGAGGUGGUCAGCCAAAUUUGCCAGCCUGUAGUCCACAGUUUCCUGGAAGUAAUAUCAUGGCACGUAGUCCACAGUUUUCUGCAAGUCGGGUAACACCAGCAGUUACAGAAAAUAAGACUGUCAGCAAUUGCCGGAUAUCUCCCAAACAGGUGACACCAGCUGCUUCAUCUGCUGCAUCUGCUUCCUUGAGAACACCUUCAGCUGGUCCAGCUUCUGAUGUAGUGAAACCUCCAGAGAGCACUGACAAGAUGGUGAGUAAGAUCACAGGAGUCGUGCUACAUGGGAAGAGCAUUUCGUGCAUGAGUGUGAAUGAGUCGGACAGGACAGGACAGUUUUGUCUGAUCGAGGCCGUGUGUAAACUCUACUUCUCUCAGAGCAGCAUGAACGAGUUCUUGUACGCCUUACAGAAUGUCCUAAAGAUCCCCUUGUACGCCUGCACAGACAGUGAGGAGAAAGCUUUCAUUCAGUAUUACAACCUUCCCGUUUCCGUGUUGAAAUGCAAUAAGAUGAUCAAACUGACUGACUUGAACAGCUACUUCCCGCAGAUGUUGUACAUGUUCACGCAGACCGCUGCAGAGUCUGAGAAGGGUGGCUCUGACACUGCUAGAUUGUCGUCCGGUAGUGCUAGUAACAGUGUUGUGCCUAGUGAUGUACCCGACAACAGUGAGCAGCAAACGCGCAAGCGACUUAGUUCUUCUCCUAUGGAGGCCUCGGGAGCUAAGCAGCCUUGUCGUCGACUGGAGGAGAUGGUGAAGAAAUUGAAGGAAGGUCAGGGAACUGGAGAUGAAGGUUCUUUGGGAAAACGAACAGCUGAUAUAAUUAUCCUGGACGAUUGAUCACUCUUAGGAUCCAGACAUCCAGAGACCCAGAUUGUGAAGUAGACCACAGCUUGCAGCUGAAUCCAAAUGCUGUAAACUUUUGGUUUGGUUGCCAAACAACCAAUACCCUACAGCUUUGUGUUUUCUACCACCAUGAUUGUGAUUUGUACAUGUGGAGUCUACAGGUAUACCUUGAGGGUUUGGUCACCAGACAAAAUGAUCUUCUGUGUUUUGUCCACAAAACCUGUGGUAUUGUGUUUCAUCACCAGAUAGCAGUCUACAGCUGUGUAUGUUUUGUAUCACUAUUGUGAUGUUAGGGUUUAGGUGCCAGGCAACAUAGAUUCGUACAUGUGGAGUUAACAAAAGGAGCUGUAGUGUUUGGUCACCAGACAAAUGAUGUUCCGUUGUUUUAUUCACAGAACCCUUGGUUUUAUUCACAGAACCCUUGGUUUUGAGUUCCGUCACCAGAUAGCAGUCUACAGUUGUGUAUGUUUUGUACAGCCAUUGUUUAGGUGCCAGGCAACAAAGAGUCAUAUAUGUGAAGUCUGCAGAUAUACAUUGUAGCUCGAGGGUUUGGUCACAAGAUAAAUGAUAAUCUGUGUUUUUUAUUCACAGAACCGAUGGUUUUGAGUUCCGUCACCAGACAGCAGUCUAUAGAGUACUGUGUGUGCUCUGCACCACCACUGUUUAGAUACCGGCCAAUAGAGAUUUGUAUAUUUAUGAAGUUUACAGAAAUAGUUUGAGCAUUUGGUUACCAUACAAAUGAUAAUAUGUGUUUUGUUUAUAAAAACCCAUAUUUUUUCAAUUUCAUCACUAGAUAGAUAGUCUGCAGUUGUGGUUUUUGUUCCCCAUGAGUUGCCCAUUUGGCCACAACAACCAAAAACACUGCAGUUGUUUGGGUUUUUUUGUAAACAAACAGGAGAGUGGUUCAGUCACUAGAUAGUAUUGAAUCGUUAAUGUGUGUGUGGCCAGACGGACUGACCAGUUGAGAAGAUUGAUUGAUUGAUUUAUUUUAUUAUGAUGUUUACACCAGUCAAAAAAACCAACACGCCCCACAAAUUUAUAUGCUAAUGAGUUCCCUUCAGUUGGUGGCUGCAACGUUUGUCUUCCUGUUGGUGUUGGCCAGUAUCAGUAUGUUUUGGAUCUAGGGACGAAGCAGAUGUUUGGUUUGCUGUAUAAAACCAGGCUAUGGAGGUGGUUGGGGAACAGGGCACAGUUUUCUAUUUUUAUUCUGCUCCAGUUUUAUAACCAAAAAUUAAUUUAUUAUGUUCCCAAAAUUUAUCUCAGAACAUCGUAGUUGAGAAACUUGCCCAAUGAGCAUAUACGUAUAGCCUGUAUGCACCCCACCCCCUUUCCCAAAUAACUUGAUCUUCAGUAACCAAUACAUGUAUUAAUUAUUGGAUAUACAUGUAUAUGGCCUACCCCAUUUCAAUAUUCUUUCCAACAGGUAUAAGUUAUUUAUGUCAAAAGUUUUUUCCAAAAUCUUCCAUGAGUUACAGAAGUGUUCAAUAUACAAGGCAUUAUACACAAGUGAUUAUAACUUUAUUUACAGGUAGAGGGCAUUAAUUAUGCAUUAGUUGUUUGUGUGUCUGAGAUUAACACUUUUUAAGGAUAGUUUUUUUUGUAGGUGUUUGUUUUUUCAUGACUUGUCAAAAAAAAAGUAAUAUUUCAUGGUGCAAUGACUCAGUUUAUGCUUUAGUUUAGUUUUUUCAAAUUUGAUUUAAGUAUACUGACAUCCAAAAGAAACUUUACAUUCAUAAAAUGUGAUAAAUAUUGUUGCUAAUCCAAAAACCAAUUUAGAAAUCACCUUACAAAUACUUAGUAUGUAUCACGAAGUACAUUGUGACAGUUACAUUGUAGAUGUUUGAACUUCAUGAUUCUUUCAUAUCCCAUUCGUUGGUUAUCUAUAAUUUCAAGCCUUGUAAAGGGUUUUUUAGGACAUCAGUAUAUAGGCAGUGAUAGAAAUAAGCAGAAAGUUUCACUAGUCCACCGUACAAAUAUAUCUAGAAAUCUACUUGUCUACCAAUACUUUCACUUGUCUAAAUAAGUUGUUAGUUUUAUUCAAGUGCAAGGACAUUAGUUUUGAUUCUUCAAAAUAAAACUGCAUUGAAAUUUUUCACUUGUCCACUGGACAACCACUGAGGUACAUUUCGCUUGUCCGAGCAGAUUUUCAUUUGUCAGGACAAAUGGACAAGUGCUUAUUUCAAACACUGAUAUAGGCCAAAUGUACACUCUAUACUUGUUUAUUAACCUGUUCAAGCAGUUUGUUAACAAUAAGUUGAAGUAUAGCAUCUCAAAUUAAAAAAACAAAAACACACUACAUAUCAUCAAAUAUACAUUAUUUGGACAUUACUACAAAACUGUCAUUUUGUUAUUAUGUAUGGUACAACAGUAACAAGGUUUGUGGAAAUGUUUGUCUGUUGUUAACAAUAAGAUGAAAGUAUGGCAUCUCAAAUUAAAAAAAAAAACAUACACUAAAUAUCAUCAAGUAUACAUUAUUGUAUAGUAUACAUUACUACAUGCAGAUGAGAAAGCCGUUUCAGAAUUGAUCAUGUGGGAGGCACCAUAAUGAUUAUUUCGUGCCUUUUGGGUUAACUUCAAUUUUUGUCUCUCUGUUAUGAAGUAAAAAGGUGAGAAACAGAUUUUUACAAAAAAUUUCAUGAUAAAAUUAAUUUAGUAAAAAUAGACCUAA